CUCUGUUUGCAUCAGGUAAAAACGCAAUAGCCGACGUAUUCUAUUUACCAUGAGUGUCAACGAUCCAAAUGGCGGUAUCCAUGCCAGGGCAGUGAGUUCUACAGAAAAUGCCGCUGCCACUGCUGCGACCAAAACAACCACCACAAAGGCAGCAGAAACGACUACAACUACAACAAAAGCCCCCGCUACUAGUACUCCUUCGCCUUCUCCCACAACCACCACGGCAGCACCAGUGACCACUUCCAAAGUUUCUUCCAGUUCGGUGGUGCUGGUGUCAUCCUCUGUCAGUAAAAUUGUCACUUCAAGCGUACCUGUGACCACCAGCUCUCUUCCAAUCACCACAAGCUCCAGCAUCGUACCAUCUACAAGCGUUAUGCUUUUAACAACCACUAGUGCACUGGCAAGCGUCACCCCUACCGCGGUAGCUUCAUCCUCAUCAAAUGGAAGUCAUACCAACCUUAUAGGUCCCAUUGUCGGCGCCGUUGGCGGUGCUGCCGUUAUCCUUGGUGCAGGAAUUCUUUUCUAUCGAAGACGUCGCAGCAAGCGAGACGAAGAUAAUGCAGAUCGAACUUUUAGCGAUUAUUUAGCCAGUAGCGAUGCUGCUAUGCGAGGGAGAAAGUCGCAACAGUGGACGGGCGGCGACAAUGAAUAUAACCGAAAUAGCUACAUGCGAUCGCCUGCUUCUAUUGCUGCCGGAAUGUACCAACAGCCUUCGCCAAGAAUGGUACCAGCUGUAGGAAGCAUAGCCGCAACCCAAGCUGCAUGGGGGUCAUCAAGCAGCCAGUCACCGGAGCCAACCGUGGUUGGUAGCCCCGAGCAACAUCAGCAAGCCUUGUACUCGGCCGCUGCCGUUGGAGGCCACAACAUGUACAAUCACGGUUAUGGCAAUAACCAAUACUAUCAACAACAACCACAGUAUCCUUCAGGACAAGGAUAUUACCAAUAUAAUUCUGACCCAUAUCAGCAAUAUGGACAAGAAUACCAGCCUUACUAUGAUCCUGCAACCGAGCAAUAUGUUUACCCCGCCAGCGCUGAGUACCAGCAAUCCAUCGCUGCCGAAGACUAUGGCCAAGCCCCUCACACUUACGACGAAAUGCCUCAACAAAUGGCCGAACAGCAACGUAACUAUGCCAGCAGUCCUUUACCUGCCAUCCCUAACACGCAUUCAAUGGCAUCCACUGUUGAAGAACCCCGUUUCCCACCCAACAGUCCUCCACUACACAAUGCUAAUGUAAGGGGUACCAGCAGCCCCAUUACAUCAGGUGACCCCCAUAGAACACACACGCCAGACGUGAGCUCUGCAGGUCAAGAGCCACCAUCCACCUAAGCGACAAAUGAUAAUUCAGUUGCACUGUUACCAAUAGUAAAUAAAUCUGUUCAAAUAUAGACCUAAAUUCCAUUGAAAUGA